GGCGCACCCUCUUUUUAGUCUCACAGAGAUUCUUGUCGCCGGUGAUGGGAAGAGACGUCAAGGACUUUGUGGAUGCCUGCUUCGUCUGUGCCAGAGGCAAGGCCUCUCAUUGCUCUCCAGCUGGCCUCCUCCAUCCUCUCUACCUAUUCCGUAGACCAUUGUCCCAGAUCGUUCUGGUUUUCAUAACAUCCAUUGGGUCCUGGUCUCGGACAGGGAACCCCAAUUUGCAUCUCAAGUGUGGAAGGCUUUUUGCAAGGCGCACCUGGAACCUUUAAUCAGCAUACCAUCCCCAGACCAAUGGCCAAACUGUGCGAGCUAACAAGGACCUAGAGGCGGCACUCUGCUGCGUAUGCCACCGACAACCGUCGUAGUGGUCCUCCCACCUCCUUUGGGUGGAGUACGCUCACAAUUCCCUUUCCUCCUUGGCAGGUAUGUCUCUUUUUAAAGUCUUCUACUGUUACCAGCCACCUCUUUUUCCUUCCCUAUAGUCGGAGAUUGCUAUCCCUUCCACCUACCAGCACAUUCGCAGAGCUUUUGGGUGUGGCGACUCUGUCUCAGACGGCUGCCCGGAAACGUAGGCUGGCGGAUCGCCACAGGAUAUCUGCCCCUACUUAUCAACCUGGACAAAAGGGAAUGGUUGUUGUCUUGGGACUUGCUAUUGGUCCGCUGUGCUAUCCUUCGACGACUCCUUCUCCUUUGCGCAUAAACAAUGGUCACCCAGCUUAAAUUGUGAAGGCCAUUUUAGACUCUAGAAGGCGGGGAAGGCGAGUUCAAUAUCAGUCUCCAGCUCCUGUAUCCUCGAUCCAUUCCUUUUGCAUGACUUGGGGGCGGGGGUGGGUACUGUCAUGAUCAUCCUGAUGGUUGACCCUUUCAUUCUUGAUUAUCUCCUCUGCUUUGACUCCACUCGCGCUUCUCUUUACUGUGGCUCUGCUCUGGCACUGCCGUGUAGUGUUAACUGUUACUUCCCCACACCUUCUGUGUGUGAUUUAUGUUCCUCACACUUAAAGUUUGCAUCCUUGGUUAUUUUUUCCUCACUCCUUUUUAAGUGAGUUUUUUGUUAAUAUUCUUGUUUCUUCUUUGCGUUGGGGUCCUACUCCGGUAAUGUUGAUUGUGACUACAUAUUUUAUGAUUACAUUUAAAAAUAUAUAUUUUAUUAUAUUUUUUCAUAUCAUUUUAAGAUAAUCAUCAAUAUUAUUUGUGUAUUGUUUUUGUAUUAUCUACAGUAUGUGUAUGAUAUGUGUAUAUUACAAGUCCAGACUUUGGGGACAUUGUGUAUAUUCGCCAGCGCACUGGUUAAAUUUAAGGAGAACAUUUGGGACUAAGAGUUGGUUUGGAGAUGGAAGUGGACUAAAACGGGCCUCAGUGUGACCCAACAGGACCAGCGCAUGGGGCAGGACCGGUCAGUGGGAGGGAGCCGUGACACACAGCAGCCUAUAAAAGACCUAUGACUUGCAUCCAUUCUUUCAUCCAGCCAUCAUUUGAUCUUGUCGUCUCUCCUCUAUCAUGCUGUGUCCAGCUUUUCUUCAAGCCUCGCUGCUCCUCUGCCUCAUUGAGCAAACGCUGCAGGGCGGUGUGAAACCUCAGAGUGUGUCCUGGGGGAGAGUUGUGCCAGCCAGAGGUGUUGGCAUUGGAGCUAAAACAAAAGGAGUGCACGGUGCCCUGGGAGCUCUGGGCAGCAGAUAUGCCAACAAACCUUUGAAAGCUGGAAUUGGGCAUUACCCGGUGACCAGUCCACUUGGAGUUGGAGGCUACAGACCUCUUGGACUGGGAAAUGUACCUGCACGGCUACCUAGUGGCUAUGGAAACCACGGAGUCUACGGGGCCGGUCUUGGCACAGGAUUACCACUGGGACAUGGACAUACAAAUGGACAUGGCCUGGGCCAUGGAGGCAAACGUGUUUAUGGUGGUGUCCCUCUAACAGGAUACGGACCUUUACCUGGCAUGGGCUACCCUGCGGUCAGACCAGGUGUGUCUGCGGCAGAUGUGGGAGGAUUGGAGAAGGUCACGCAAGGCCAAGCUGCUCAGGAUGGCAAGAGAGCAAAAAGUGGAGCCCUUGGUGCCCCAUUGGGAGGUCCAGAAGGAACUCUUGGAGUUGAAAGGUCCAACAAGGAGAGAGGAAGUGCACUUGGCCCUACAGCUCCUGAAUUAGAUACAGACAGUGGCUUUGCACCUGCUGUACUGGUGACUGGAAUAGAAGCUAAAAGCCUCGACCCGAAACUUGAGCCAAACUUGGGAGCCCAAAGUCUUGGUCUGGCUGUGUCCCCCGCACCAGCCGAGGUCGCUCUUGAUCCUUUAAUUUUGAAAAGAAAGAUCAGUGCAAGUCAUGGAGCCACACGGCCCUCAGGAGGAUCCCCAAAACCGGAGUCUGUAGAUCAAGACAAGCUCAGAACCAUCGAUGCGUCAUCCCCUGCACAGAACGGCAGAGGCAAUCAGGCAUCUCGUCUACAGCGCUGGAAAAUCAUCAACUGUGGAUCCUCCAGGAAUUUGGGACACCAUCUUGCCCGUGCUGCUCCUCAAGCGCCAAGACCUGAAACAUUUGGUCUUUUACCAGCCCCAGACGCCAAUCCAUUAACUCGCUUGCGAGCUCCCAGAAUCAUUUUAGCUCCCGAACAGAAGAGGCGAGGUGUCCUUGGGAUCCCGGCUCAAAACUCCAAUGAACGGACAAUCAGUGGGACUUCAAGCAAACAACCGCCAAAUCCUCAAACACAAGAAGUGCAAAGAAGUAGUAUACCUUUGACCCCACAGGCAGGUUUAGGUGUCGGUGGAGGGCAGGAAGGUUAUGGUCAAGGGAACUAUCUUGGAGCAGGCCUGGUACCGGGGGCUUAUGGACCAGCUUUAGGCCAGGGAGCAUACUUGGGAGCAGGCGGUAAACUUGGAGCUGCUCUUGGUCACGGAGGAUAUACCAAAGGUCCUGCCGGUGUGUCAACAGGUUAUGGUAACGGCGCUGCAGGUUAUGGUAACGGCGCUGCAGGUUAUGGUAACGGCGCUGCAGGUUAUGGCAACGGUGGCGCAGGUUUCCUCGGUGCUCAGGCAGGCAACGGCUACGGUCAUGGGAACGGUUACGGCACUCCUUAUGGAGCUGCUUUGAAUACAGGAGGCUACGCUGGACAGCCUCAGGUACCAUACGGAGGACUUGGCGCUGGACUAGACCCGUCUGCUGGAAAAUAUGCUGGAGCUCAGGGCCCGUACGCUGGCGCUCCUGUGGCUUCUUCCCGACUUGAAGGAGAUGGCGGCUAUCCAUACGCCGCUCAACCUAUCGGCCUCAGCGGUGAUGGCAGCAAAAGCGCCAGCAAACACGGUGCAGCAUACGGCACUCCACAAGCAGGCUACGGGCAACAGCUAGGUGCAAGUCAAGACGCGUUGGGACAGCAAGCCGGUAAAUAUGGUGCAGGAACCGGACCGCUUGCAGGUGGAUACAAAGGCUGAUGAAAAUGACCUGCUGAGCUUCAAAUCUUUUCCAUACAGUUUUUUUUUUUUUUUUUUUUUUAAAUCUUGCUGUGUUUUUAUGUUUGUAACCGUCAUAUGUAACUGGCUUUUGUUAAGCAUUUCUACGUGACAAAACAACAAGUGAACGAUGUAUUUGAAAAUAAAUAUGGAAA